AUGGCGCCCAAGAAAGCCGCAAAGGCCUCCAAUGAGGUCUAUAUUGUCACAAUCCACACCAUGGUUGACUCGGCCUUCGCUACCCUCGAUGCUGCCCAAGAGCGGCUCGAGCACUUGGAGAUCGAUGGCCAAACUGACGUGAAAAUCACCACCCGUACCCUCAAAGGAGGAUCGGUCGCCGUCGCCAUCGAGAAGGAGAAGGAGGCAGCAGCAGCCCCCAAGAAGGCCGCAGCCAAAUCCAAGGCCGGCAAAGCCAAACCCGCCUCUGACAACAACGACGACGACNAGAAGGAGAAGGAGGCAGCAGCAGCCCCCAAGAAGGCCGCAGCCAAAUCCAAGGCCGGCAAAGCCAAACCCGCCUCUGACAACAACGACGACGACGAUGCUGAAGCAGCCCCCGCCCCCGCACCAAAGACCAAGACCGUCGGAAAGCAGCCCACCGAGAAGGCAAUGCCUCCCAAAGGCCCCCUCCCCGCUAAUAUCCAAGCCUUGCUUGCGGGAAAGGGUCACGUUUUCGAUAACAAGUCGAUUGUAAUUACUGGUGUCCUGCCUACAAUUCCCAGAGAAAAUGCAAUGAUGUUGAUCGCCCAGUAUGGUGGCAAGGUUCUGAAGACUCUGAGCAAGAGAACCUCCUUUGCGCUUGUUGGAAAUGACGCCGGCCCAACCAAGCUGAGACAGAUCGAGGAGAAAGGCAUUGAGAUCAAGUACGAGGCUGAAUUCAUUGCCCUUUUGGAGGCUUCUCAUGCUGCUACGAAGCGAGGUGCCAGUGAUGAUGAGGAUGGAGCAGAUGAGCAUGGUCCUGCUAAGAGGCCAAAGAAUUUCGUAUGGACUUAA